UUAUAUACUCUAUGAAAAGUGGGGAAAGGGGAAGCAAGCGAAACACGGACGGAACAGAAUAAUCAGUUACGUGCAGUUACGGUGGAUCGUGUGAGGGUGUGAUGUGUCUCGUCGAUGUUGUGUCCGCGUGAUUCGCAUCCGUCGCGCGUCGUUCAUUGUCAAGCAGCAACAUCACCAGUGAAUGAACACACACACACGUGGGAACAUGAUCGGUCCAGAAACGUCGUGGUUACGUGGUCACGCGGUUAAUCCGAAUUAAGUGCUAACGUCGCCCCGAGGUGUCCGUGUCUAAACGUGGAGGUCCCCUCACUCUACGAAUUUAAAGCGCGUGCAUGCGUACGUACGUACGUACGUGCCAGCUAGCAGCCGAUCAGUCAGCCAGCAUCUGAGGUAGCUGUGGCGUUACCGCCGAUUCUCGAACAGGUCAUGGGAUCGAAAAGCAACUGCGGUAAUCGUUGCGUCCAAGACAACAUGGCCUGCGACCGCGCCGAGAGCGACUUUGAGUUUACAGUACCACCAGAGGCGCCGGUAUUCGAACCCACCAACGAGGAGUUUCACGAUCCGCUCGCCUACAUCGCGAAAAUACGGCCGAUCGCCGAGAAGUCCGGCAUCUGCAAGAUCAAACCGCCGCCCAAUUGGCAGCCACCAUUCGCCGUGGACGUAGACAAAUUUAAAUUUGUUCCGAGAAUACAAAGAUUAAAUGAAUUGGAAGCUAAAACCAGGAUAAAGCUUAAUUUCUUAGAUCAAAUUGCAAAAUUCUGGGAGCUCCAAGGUUCCUCCUUGAAGAUCCCACUUGUAGAACGUAAGGCACUGGAUUUAUAUUCCUUACAUAAAAUAGUCACAGAUGAAGGGGGUAUAGAAACUGUAACAAAAGAAAGAAGAUGGGCAAAAAUUGCUAAUAAAUUGGGUUACCCAUCUGGACGAAGCGUAGGCAGCAUAUUAAAGAAUCACUACGAGAGAAUUUUGUAUCCAUUUGAUGUCUUCAAACAAGGAAAGACAUUGUCAGAUAUCAAAUUCGAACCGGACUCAGACGUGAAUGAGAAAAGGGAUCGCGAUUAUAAGCCGCACGGAAUAAUAUCUCGCCAGCAAAUUAAACCACCGAACGAGAAAUUCUCGCGGCGAUCCAAACGGUAUUCCGGCAAAGAAGAGAAGCAGGAUGUAAUUAAAGCAGAGGAUUGUAAAGAGGAAUACGACUCGGACAACGACUGCAAGGAUAAAGUUAAAAAUAGGCAUUUCAGUUUUGACACGGACAAAAGCAAGGAACUUAAAAAAUUACAAUUUUAUGGACCAGGUCCAAAAAUGGCCGGUUUUAAUACCAAAGAGGGGAAGAAAUCUAAUAAAACUCGUGGUUUGAAACUCGUUUACGAUUACGAUCCUUUAGCAAAAUACAUUUGUCACAAUUGCGGAAGAGGUGACAAUGAAGAGAACAUGCUGUUGUGCGACGGUUGCGACGACAGUUAUCACACUUUUUGUCUUAUGCCGCCAUUAACAGAAAUACCAAAGGGUGAUUGGCGAUGUCCUAAAUGCGUCGCUGAAGAAGUCUCUAAGCCUAUGGAGGCAUUCGGCUUUGAACAAGCGCAAAGGGAAUACACAUUGCAACAAUUCGGAGAAAUGGCCGAUCAAUUUAAAAGUGACUACUUUAAUAUGCCUGUUCAUAUGGUUCCAACGUCACUAGUGGAAAAGGAAUUCUGGCGAAUAGUCUCGUCUAUUGAUGAGGAUGUAACUGUAGAAUACGGCGCUGAUUUGCAUACGAUGGAUCACGGAUCUGGAUUUCCGACGAAGACCAGCGUCAAUUUAUUCACCUGCGAUCAAGAAUAUGCCGAAUCUUCGUGGAAUUUAAAUAAUCUGCCAGUCUUGCACAGCAGCAUCUUAGGUCAUAUUAACGCUGAUAUCAGUGGUAUGAAAGUUCCUUGGAUGUAUGUUGGUAUGUGCUUUGCCACAUUCUGUUGGCACAACGAAGAUCAUUGGAGCUAUUCUAUCAAUUAUCUACAUUGGGGCGAACCAAAGACGUGGUACGGUGUGCCUGGUUCUCAGGCAGAGCGUUUUGAACAGUCCAUGAAGUCCGCUGCGCCAGAACUGUUUCACAGUCAGCCUGAUCUAUUGCAUCAGCUUGUCACCAUUAUGAAUCCGAACAUAUUGACAAACGAAGGAGUGCCAGUAUUUAGAACAGAUCAGCAUGCAGGUGAAUUUGUUGUGACGUUUCCGAGGGCUUAUCACGCAGGUUUUAAUCAAGGUUACAAUUUCGCUGAAGCCGUCAAUUUUGCACCUGCGGAUUGGCUUAAGGUUGGACGAGAAUGUAUCUCGCAUUAUUCGAAUUUGCGAAGAUUUUGUGUAUUUUCUCACGAUGAAUUAGUUUGUAAAAUGUCAUUGGAUCCGGAUUUGUUAGAUAUUGGUAUCGCAACCGCCACAUAUCACGAUAUGCUGCAAAUGGUGGAAGAUGAGAAAAAAUUACGAAAAAAUUUACUGGAAUGGGGUGUGACAGAAGCGGAACGUGAGGCAUUCGAACUUUUGCCGGACGAUGAAAGACAAUGCGAAGCAUGCAAAACUACCUGCUUCCUGAGUGCUGUUACAUGCUCGUGCCACAACUCGCAAUUAGUUUGUUUGAGACACUUUGCUGAUUUGUGUACCUGUCCACCAGAAAAGCAUACACUGCGUUAUCGGUAUACAUUGGAUGAAUUACCAAUCAUGCUGCAGAAAUUAAAAUUGAAAGCUGAGUCAUUUGACUCGUGGGUGACUAAAGUGAAAGAGGCGAUGGAUCCUAAGAAUGACAAAAUUGAACUGAGCGAAUUGAAGGAGCUUCUCAAUGAGGCUGAGAACAAAAAAUUUCCCGAGAGUGAAUUACUCACAGCUCUAACCACCGCUGUGCAAGAUGCUGAGAAGUGUGCAAGUGUUGCGCAACAGCUGUUGAAUAAUAAACAGCGUACAAGGACUAGGCAAUCAGUUGAUACCAAAUAUAAACUCACUGUAGAAGAAUUAACACUUUUCUAUAAAGAGAUAACCAACUUGUGCUGUGAACUUAAGGAAUCUGAUGGUGUAAAGUUCAUACUUGACCAAGUAUUGCAGUUUCAAAAAGAUGCAGAAGAAUUGGAGUCGAAAGAUGAAGAUUGCGAUGUUGAGAAAUUGAAGAAAUGCAUAGACUUUGGAGACUCUAUCUGCAUUGAUCUGCCUCAACUCGUAUUAUUGAAACAGAGAUUAUCACAGAUACAGUGGUUAGAAGAAGUAAAAUCCCUCCAAGACGAUCCGAAAUCUGUCAGUCGCGAAGAAGUAGCGAAAUUGAUCGAGAAGGGCAUGACGAUACCGCCUCAUUUCAGUAUCGAAAAUACGCUGUCGGAAUUGCAUGCGUUAACGAAAGCUAUUGAUAAGUGGGAAGAGAAAGCCAAGAUAUUUCUUCACACGAAAAAUAGACGAACCAUUGCCAGUGUGGAGGAAUUUAUUCGCGAGGCAGAUGAAGUUGAAGCAUACUUGCCGAGUUUAGAUAAUCUUCAAGACACAUUGAAUAAAGCGAAGAAUUGGACGAAGCUUGUAGAUGAGAUACAAGCAAAAGAAAAUUUUCCAUAUUAUGACACUCUGGACGAUUUGAUAAGAAAAGGUAGAAAUAUUUCGUUGCACCUGGACGCUCUUCCAAUGCUGGAAUCUACACUUUCGCAGGCAAAAGCAUGGAAAGAGAGGACUGCGAGGACAUUCCUAAGGAAAAACUCUCACUAUACAUUGAUGGAAGCUCUAUCUCCGCGAAUUGGUGUCGGCGUGCAGGCGAUGAAGACCAAAAAGCAUAAGGGCGACGAGUCCAUAGGGGCUGUUUAUGUCUGUGAUACAAAAUUGGAUGAUUCUAGUGAUUCAGCGAAUGUGGUUGCUGCCUUUAAGCUAGCGGAGCAGCGCGAGAUGGAAGCAAUGAGAAGCUUGAGAGAGAGAAAUCUGAUGAAGAUGAAAGCCGAUGUGGAAGAUUCCAAAUACUGCGUCUGUCGGCGACCAAGAUUUGGCAUUAUGCUUCAGUGCGAGCUUUGCAAAGAUUGGUUUCACACAAAUUGCGUGCCUCUACCUAAGACAUCGUACAAGGGUAAACCACCAGGUCCAAGGGACAUAAAAUUCUUAUGUCCGUGCUGUCUACGUUCUCGACGACCUCGUCUAGAAACGAUACUAGCCCUCUUAGUGAGUCUCCAGAAAAUUCCGAUUCGAUUGCCAGAGGGUGAAGCAUUGCAAUGCUUGACUGAACGUGCAAUGAAUUGGCAGGAUCGAGCGAGACAAGCAUUAGCUACUGAAGAGAUCUCGUCAAUACUGGCAAAACUUUCUGUGAUGUCGCAAAAAUUAGUUGAAGCAGCGGCGAGGGAGAAGACGGAAAAGAUAAUCAGCAGUGAAUUGAAGAAAGCAGCAAAUAAUCCCGAACUGCAUCAAAGAGUCCAAGCUAUCGCGCCUCUCAGUGGAGUGCAUUCGGAUGAUAGCGCGCUUAGUACAGCUGAUGACGAUGAUGAUGUCAUUGCUAUGGAUGACGAACCAACCUGCAGUACUUUCAAUAGCAACGAACAUGCAUAUUCAUACAUCUCAAAAAUUCGGCGGAAAACUCAAUCGGAUGACAGUGGUGGCGAAUCGGUUGGCUUAUUAUCGACAAACGCGAGAUUACGUUUGGAGGAACUAAUGAUGGAGGGUGAUUUGUUGGAAGUUGCCUUGGACGAGACGCAACAUAUCUGGCGUAUCUUAAGUCACAUGAAUAAUCAUAACACUAUGCGAAAAUAUAAGUCAUUUGAAGAGAUUCAAGUGAAUGCCAAUCAGGAGAUGAAAAAACGAGGCAGAAAACGGAAAGAGGAGUUUGAAUUGUUGAAAAAAAUUGGACGACAGAAAAUCGAAGAGAAAAACACAGUUAAACGUAACAAAAGCAGUCCUAUCAUCAAGGAGAAGAGACAGAGUAGUUCGCCGGUUCCCAUGAAACGUGGACCUCGCAAGAUGAAGCGCAAGAGUGAGGGUGAUGAGGGUCCUAGGAAGCGAGGUGGUAAUCGCACGAAAAAAACGAAGCAAGAAAGCUCAGAUGAAGAGGACGAUUGCGCGGCGGUUAACUGUUUGCGGCCUAGUGGUAAAGAAGUUGAUUGGGUUCAGUGUGAUGGUGGCUGCGAAGGUUGGUUUCAUAUGCAUUGUGUCGGUUUAGAUCGCACAGAAAUCGCUGAGGAAGAUGAUUAUAUUUGUAGCAACUGUAAAGAAGUCGAUCAAAAUGCAUCGCAUUGUAGUCGAGAUCUGCGCUAGAUCUGACUAAAUCGUUAGAUCUGGAUGCACUUCUUUCCCUUUCUUAGCCCCAGGGAUACCAUGGCAGCACCACUGACACUGAAGCGGGCGUCUAGAAAAGCAACAUCUCUCGUGGAUUCCUCCUAGGACUCACUAGCCCACUUCAUGUCGUCUAUUAGCUCUGCACGAGAUUCCGGGGUGUAUAAUAGUUGCGACUCUCGAUCUAAGAACUCGUGAUAUGAAAUUAACUUUUAUGAUUGCCUCUUACCAUUGUCUAAGAAACCAGUGACAUUAUUCGAGGUCAUACAUUAUUUGAUUAUUACAGUUUUACGAACAGACGAAUUUAAAAAGUAAAGUAUUAUAGCAUAGUCGAAUUACAGCACAUCGAUUACGCAUAAACAUUUCCUGUUAACAGUGGCUUUCGUUUAUAUUGCGAUUAUAUUUUUUUAGAUACUAGUAGUAACGCUAGUCAAUCAUUUGUUUGCAUUUAUACCGAUGUAUAAAAUUUUCGUUCACAUAAGUACGAAUAAUGUUGCACAAUGUACGAUAAUAUCGUAGAACCGUUUUUUUUGUGCUUCCAUAUGCGCGUACGUAUACUUUACGCACGUCUUCGAAAUUCUUCGAAAUUUGAUUAUACAGACAUAAACGUCCAUUUUACUUCAAUCCGCACGACUAUGAGAGUAUUAUUCGUCUAUGUACGUAUUGGAUUGUUUUUUUCCCUUUUUUUUUUAUUAAAAAUUAUCAACAUUGCAUAUCUCGCGCCGAUGACAGACGAAUCACGGAUGAACCGUUGAUAUACGUCUUCAUAAUUUUGUAAUUAAUUUGUUUGUAGAAAAAUGUUUUUGACUUAUUAUUUUACGUAUAUUGCGCCACACUGUGAAUGAUCGAAUAAAGCAGUUUCUAUAUGAGAUGAAAAAUCUGCAAUCACGGAUCGUUUGCAGCGAUUAACACCAUGAUCCGUAGUAGUAUGUAUUACCUUGCUUUAUCCAUUAUCAUUGGAUAAACGUGACUUUGAAAAGGGGAUAUAUCGCGAGUUAAAGUGACCCGGAUAAUGAGUGAUAUAUAUGGUGAGAACGUUCUCAGUAUAUUGAAGAAAUUUGAACUUAAUCAUUUCGGAAUACUGUGUUAUGACGGAAAAGGAAUUUGGUCGGUCUUUUGUAUCGGCUUUCAAGUGUCUCUUGAGCGCACAAAGCGAGGAUUUUCUUUGCGCCGAGCAUAUUAUUAUGUACAGAAUAAAAUAAGAGAUGUGUGUAUUAUGAUUUUAUAUAUAUAUAUAGGAUGUUUCAAAACUAUCGGAUGGCUUUAAUCGCAGUUAAUUUCAAGACAAUUUUUCCUUAGCAAAAAUGUCAAAGCAUUAAUAGUCCCUGUCCACAAGCAAUUGAAAAGAAAGAGCUUUUUAGAAAUUGUACAUUGUGAAAAGUUAAAAGAAUUAAAUUAUUUAGUUAGAGGAAUUGUCCUUUCAGAUGGAAUAUUAAAUAGAAUUUUAAUUUGAGAUUUAAAGAGGUUUCUUAAAGAUAUUACAUGAAAAAAUUUAAAAUUUGUAAAAAAAUAGUGAUUUGACAUUUUUGCUAAGGAAAAGUUGACUACACAUUGUUCAGAGAAUCUGCUAUUAAAAAGAUCUGGAAUUUUUGAGACACUAUAUAUAUUAGGAUAUAUCAGAACAUAGAAUAAGCAAGCUAUAGUUUGUAUAAAAUAAAAAGAAACUAUUAACAAGCAGAUAUAUAAUUAUAGCAUCUACUCUGCCUUCCUAAAAUAAUAAUCUAUUUUCUGACACUUUUGCCCUAGAAGCUAUGCAAUUGUUUGCGUUUUGCUUUUGUUCUUUCUUUGAUUUCUUUCAUUAUUUUUUUUCAUCACCUUCGUUAUUUAAAAAAAAUUUAUAUAGUCUGUACAUAAUCUCUCGUAAUAAUCUAGUUAGCUAGUAGCUGUAAAUUAAUUUUAUUAUAUUCCUUAACAUAUUUUGAAAAAGAAUGAUAAAUGACCAUGUAAAUAUCAUUCACAUAAUUUUUCACACAUUUAUAAAUGUGGAUAUUAUAAAUGGUUAUCAGUUUUCCUACUUGUUUUUCCUAUCAUAUUACUUAUUAAAUAAAAAAUUGAAAAAAUGA